CAGCCCACCACCUCCCAACCCGCCUCCGCCGUCCCCUCCGCCUCCGCCUCCUCCGCCGUCCCCUCCGCCUCCUGUGUCGCCGCCGCCAUCCCCGCCGCCCGCCCCGCUGCCGCCACCUGUGCCUCCGUCGCCACCGCCGUCUCCGCCGCCGUCCCCCUCACCGCCGCCACCGCCAAGCCCGCCUAGCCCGCAGGUCCCCUCGCCUCCCUCGCCGCCCCCUCCUCAGCCCAUAGUCCCCAUCUCGCCCGUCGCAACCUUCACCAUGGGUACCUUCAACUACAACGUGUACGGUGUUCGCCGUAGCUUCUUAGAAGCCGAGGCCAUUUGUAACUCUCGCGGCGGCAACCUCGCAUCUAUCCGUUCUGCCGCGGAGGCUGCAGCUCUGGCCGACCAACUCAUCGCAACGAACGUGUACGGCAGAAUUAACGGUAGCUUUGGAAACGGCAACCAAGUUAACCUCUGGAUCGGGCUCCGGAUCCGGCAAGUGUACAACAGUUACUGGACGGACGGCAGCUCUUUAUCGUACCUGCCUUCCUUUCUACUCGGCGGAAUCGAUGCUUACGUGGAGGAAGCCUGCUACAGUCUCAACUGCCGGUCGGAUGGCGGUUGCUAUUGGAACAUGGCGUUCGCGAAUCCAGUUAUGACCGGCUGUAGCAACGUGAUUCGAGACGGCUUCAUUUGCAAGACGGACACGACCCGCGUGAAGUCCGUCUUCACGAUGCCCUCCCGCAACGCCACCUACCUGCUCAUGCGCGCUCCCACCGCGAUCAACUGGUAUGCCGCUGACCUGGCUUGCACCUACUUCAACGGUCGCCUGGUAACGGUCAACGACGCCGAGGAAAACCAGGUGGUUGCGCUUAAGAUUAACGACAUUUCCAACAGCAUCGCUGCCAACAGCAGUACAACGUUCUCCUCCUCGGAUCUGGACCAGUACGGCAACUUCCGUGUUUGGCUGGGACUGUACUUUGAAACCUCCUCAACCAACUCCUACUGGACCGACGGCACCGUCGCGGACGCAGCCUUCACAGCCUUCCCCCUCAUGUCCUUCUAUCCGCAAUCCUGCUACGGCCUGUGGUGCCGGUCUGGCUUCUGCUUCUGGCAGCCGAUGCUGUGUACGACACCCAUUACGGCUUAUAUUUGCGAGCUGCGGGGUAUUGUGUACUGAUGUGGACAUGUGGUGUUGUGUGAUGUACGACAUUGAUGCGAUUACGAAGUAACGCUCUGCUCUGAUGAUGAUGUGGUGGUAUGGGUAACCAAGCACGAUUUAAUUUCCGAGGUAUGGAUGCCGAACGUGGUAACGGUACUGCUAUGGAGCACUGUGCCUGCAGUGAUUGUUAUGCGCUGGAGUGACGAAGCGCCGUGAAUAUGUUGUGCUCCGUUUCAUCUGCUACUGCAGGGGUAAAUGAAGAAACGAUACCCGAAGUUCCUGCAGGGGUGGUGGUGAUGGUGUAUCCUAUAUCCAUGAUACAGACAUGCGGUAUCUGUCUAUCUGUGCAUGUGCGUUGAAUCAAUGCUGGGCGUACGGUAUGUCCUUGGUUCAAGUGCAUCUGUCCAUCUGUUGCAGGUUUUGCGGCCUGUAUUGCAUGCAAGCUUGUGUGUUGUGAUAUGUACCAGCGUACAUGAGGAGGCCACCGCCUUCCAGUGGUUUACGGACGCGCCAAACGUGUUUAUGUUACCUGUCAGUGCAUGGACCGCCCCAAAAGGGGUUGUAUGUGCCCGAAACUGCGUGGAGCCAUUUGUUGUGAGUCGCUUCGUGUUCGUGUCUGGUAUUGGUUGGCUGCUGUCCAAUGACAGGCCAAUGACAGACCAUGUGUGCCUUCACCGCACAACUGACCCCAUACAUGAGGUGACUAGGAGCUCAAGGUGGGUGGCAGGAAUUCGAUGACAGGCGGGUUUUGAUGCCGUACCAUGGCCUACCAUCCGCACUCUGCGGAUGUGUACGGUAAUCAAGCGCUGUUUGUGGCUCUGCCGUACACCGUAUGCUGCAGUGGUAAUUUGCAGCUGCAGGGGUGGCUGUGCACGACUGUGUUGUGACACCGUUGACUUGGUGAUGGCUGCGGGGUUACGGCGGUGUUGUAGAUGGUGGCAGUAACCUGCACGCAUCACCGUUGUGUGGUUGUUUUGGCCGUUGCAAUGUAGCCAUUCGGCAUUACUGCUGUUUGUCAAAAGCACAUGUCCAGUGCCCUGAGGCAGUGGGCCACGGUCUGUGCAGACACGCAAGUGUCGGGUGUGGAUUUAAGCUUGCUUUUGUAUAUUGGAUCCACCAAACGUACCUUGGGGCUUGCCAAGCUACUGCCCCGGAUAGGUGGGUCCGACUUCUGCGGUUUCAGUGUGUGUUUGUCUCAGGAAAGUGUACGCGAACCAUGUGCGGCCUGCCAACGUGAGGGCGGCAAGGUUGGGUAUGUCCUGUUGGGCCUGUCCUGUUAACUGUAUCAACUGUAUGUAACCAAGUGCCGGUGCUCCCGUAAUACGUGCCUCAACGAGCCCUGGCUUAGGAGGGGACAUCGGAGGGAGCAAGGCGUCCAA